AUGCUAAAGAGAGUAUUUGGUUUGCCAUUACAAUUGACAAGUAAACGAACAUUAUCAACAGUAUUCUAUCAAAGAAUGUCCGAACAAACUGCUACUACCCCAGCUACACCAGUUGCUGAUGUCCCACCACAGCAAAAACAAAAAUCUGGUAAGGGUAAAAAAUCCAAGUUACAAGUCUCUUUGAAAACUCCAAAGGGUACUAAGGAUUGGUCUGAUAUCGAUAUGGUCAUUAGAGAGGCUAUCUUUACCACUCUAUCCAAUCUAUUUAAGAAGCAUGGUGGUCAAACUAUUGAUACCCCGGUAUUUGAAUUAAGAGAGAUUUUGGCUGGUAAAUAUGGUGAGGACUCUAAAUUGAUCUAUAACUUGGAAGAUCAAGGUGGUGAGCUAACAUCUUUACGUUACGAUUUAACUGUUCCUUUCGCAAGAUUCGUUGCCAUGAACAAUAUUCAAAAUAUUAAAAGAUACCAUAUUGCCAAGGUCUAUAGAAGGGAUCAACCUGCCAUGACUAAAGGUAGAAUGAGAGAAUUUUACCAAUGUGAUUUUGAUGUCGCAGGUGCUUACGAAUCCAUGGUUCCAGAUGCUGAAAUCUUGGAUAUUAUCGUCGAAGGUUUAACAAGUCUGGGUAUUAAUGAUUUUAAGAUCAAAUUGAACCACAGAAAGAUUUUGGAUGGUAUUUUCCAAGUCUCCGGUGUUAGUGAUGAAGAUGUCAGAAAAAUUUCUUCAGCUGUCGAUAAAUUAGAUAAGAGCCCAUGGGAAGCCGUCAAGAAGGAAAUGGUUGUUGAUAAAGGCCAAACCGAAGAAACUGCUGACAAGAUUGGUGAAUAUGUAAAGUUGAAUGGUUCUCUAAGAGAAGUUUAUGAUGCCUUAUCCCAAGAUCCAAUUAUCUGUGCUAACGAAAAAGCCUCUGAAGGUCUAAAUGAAAUGGAAAACUUAAUGAAAUAUACUGAAGCCUUUGGUAUUGACAAAUUUAUUUCCUUCGAUCUAUCUCUUGCUAGAGGUUUAGAUUACUACACUGGUUUAAUCUAUGAAGCUGUUACUGCUGCUUCAGCCGCUCCAGAAAAUGCUGCCGAAUUAAAGAAAAAAUCCAAAUCUUCUGAGGAUGCAUCUGAAUAUGUUGGUGUCGGUUCUAUUGCUGCUGGUGGUCGUUACGAUAACUUAGUUAAUAUGUUUGCUCAAGCAUCUGGUAAGAAAUCUGGUUCUCAAAUACCUUGUGUUGGUAUCUCCUUCGGUGUUGAAAGAAUCUUCUCUUUGAUUAAACAAAGAAUGACCGCUGCCGAUAUCAAACCAAUUUACACACAAGUAUACGUUAUGGCCUUUGGUGGUGGUAAGGACUGGACUGGUUAUCUACCAGAAAGAAUGAAGGUUGCAAAGCAACUAUGGGAUGCUGGUAUUGAAACUGAGUACGUUUACAAAUCUAAGGCUAACCCAAGAAAACAGUUUGAAGCUGCCGAAAAAUCAGGUGCACCAUUGGCUGUCAUUCUAGGUAAGGAAGAAUAUGCUGAAGGUAAAUUACGUAUAAAGAGAUUAGGUCCAGAGUUUGCAGAUGAUGACGGUGAAUUGGUGGAUGCUAGUGAGUUUGUUGCUGUUGUUCAAGACAAACUAUCACAAGUUCACGAAGACGGUGUCAAUGAAGUUAGUCGUUUGAUUAGAGGACUAUAA